AUGGCUAAAUUUACUCCUGAAGAAGUGAGCGCACUUCAAGCUGGAGGAAAUGAGCGAGCGCGGCAAAUAUUUCUCAAAGAAUGGGAUCCUCAACGCCAUUCUCAUCCUGACAGCAGUAACCUUUAUAAACUCCGGGAUUUCAUCAAGCAUGUCUAUGUAGAUAGGAAAUUUAGUGGUGAAAGAAGCGAGGAGAAGCUCCCGAGGCUGAGAUUGACCAACAAAGAAGAGUCCUACACGAACAGAAGUUCUAAUGCAUAUAGGAGUGCAUCUGGAAGCCCCAGUUAUGAGGACAGAUAUGAAAGACCUCAUAGCGGAAGGUCUAGUCCAAGCGGACGAAGCGAAGAUGGGAUGUUAAGAUAUUAUUCUGAUGAAAGGAGAAGUCCAAGAUAUGCCCGAGAAAUCUCGAGAUACGGGGGUUAUAGAAAGAGUCCUGUCCGUUUCGAGGUUGUUGAUGACCGGUUUCGGGACGACGUGUUAGGAGAUGGCAGGCGAUCUCAGGGUCAAAGGCUUUCAAAUGAAGAAUCAAGGCGGGGAAGCAGGUCACCCGAGAAUCAGAAGAACAUGGAUAAGUCCACUUCCACUGUAGCUCGACCCGCAAAGGAGACUUUAAGGGACAAUGGUCUUUCCCGCAGGGCAGGUGAAACAAAGGAAAAUUCUGAUGGCUGUGCCAAUGUCAAGAAGGUUCGUUCAUUAAAUAAUUUGGGCAAUACUGACAGCAGUGCAGCGGAAAUAAAAGAGGCCAAAUCCCGAAGUGUGACUGAGAUUCGUACAGACAAAAAGCCUCCCGAUGCUUCAGCUGAAACUCAGAGACAACAAAUGCCUUCCUCUACUGAUGGAGGUAACUGGGCGUCGUUUGCCCCCCCAGCAAAUGAGAAGGCAUCAUCAGCAUCAAAUGCAAGUACCCUGGAAAUGUUGUUGCUAGAAUUAACACCGGCAAUCGUAACUGUCAGUAAUGUGUCCGAAGGACUCAGCGACUACGAUGCUCAGCCAACAGCAUCUGUGAGCAACACUUCACCCACUGGCGCCUCCGAUGUUCCUGCAGAACAAAUAUCAGCCCCAGCCAAUGUUCCUGCAGAACAAAUAUCAGCAUUAGCCAAUGUUCCUACACAGCAAGCAUCGGUCCUGGCUGAUGAUCCUACUACAUCAACUUCUGUUGCCUCAAAGGAACAUAUUAGCGAAGAACCUCCCAAAGUUGCAGCCAAGAGCCAAGUUGACUUGUUAGAGCAGUUUCCAAGCACUCAGAUGUAUCAGCCUCCAGCCUCCCCUUCUAAGGAUGAGAAUUUUGCGGUAGAACAGAAUGAAUCACCGCCAUUAACGUCACUCGAGCUUAAUGUGCAAGGACCUUCCUGGGAUUCAUCUCAAACUGCCGACGCAACUGUCCAAGCGGCGAGCUCUGGUUUGGCAUUGCAGAACCUUCCCACUGAGCCGAACCCCAGCACGAGAAAGGAACUUCCAGCUGACCUUUUCACUGCAUUUUACACUCCAGCACCAGCACCAAUUCAAGGCUGGCAAACAGCUAGACCUCAUGUCAUGGGCUUCAACAUGCAGUCCUAUCCUAACAUGACGCCUAUGCCCGCAUACCCAACUUCUGCAAGGUCGACAAACCCAUUCGAUUUCGGUGAUGGAACUGAUCAACCUCAAGGGUCAGCGAUAGACUGCCUAAAAAGCAAGGAUGGGAGCACGUUACUCGUCUCCCACCAAGCUAUUGAGCUUCCCAUCUCGAGUUCAUAA